GUUGAAGAAUGGAAGAAAGACCGAUCAUGUAUAUAAAUAGUACAUGCAGGUACUUACUGACGUACUGCUUUGUAGCGAAUUGAUAGACGAUAGACGAUUAGAUAAACAAGCCAAAGUGUAACACAUUAAACUUCCCUCAUUAACAAAACAAAAUAGUCUACGUUUACCUUAGCAACAAGCCCAAUGCUUAUAAUAAAAUAAUACUGCGAGUCUUAAGAUUUUGCCAAUGGGCUUAUAUAUAGCCAAUCCUGACUCCUCGAGUCGCCAUGGACGAUUUUUCCGACGAUGACUUCGACACCCUCAAUGCGAACGUCCUACAGGAACUCGAAAAUAAUGCCAUUCAAUUCACCCAAGCACAGAAGAAGUACCAACAGUCUCAGACUCAGCCACAAUUCAUUGAUGAUUUCGAAGAUGACGAUCUCGACGAUGCUAUCGUACAAGACGAGCAGCGCGGGAAUUCCAUUCUACCAGAAGAAACAACCCAGCUACCAUCGAGGGUAGCUCCUCAACAGCAAUAUCAACAAUAUCAACAACAUCAACAACAAUGGGGUGGCCAGGUGCCUGCUCCUGUCAAUCACUUCCGUCCUCAGCAUGUCCAUUCAUCCUCUCGAAAUCCAAAUCCGCUACCAGCUUCCACUACAUCUCGUCAGCCUCAGCAACCUAUUUCUCGCGCCCCAGUUCCAUCAUAUAGCCAAAUUCGUCCACCGCCUCCUUUACCCCGACCGGCUCCUUCUAUUCCUCCAAGAUACCAAGCCUCUCAAGCUCAAAGGCCCAAUAUACCGUCAAACCACGAAAUUUCCGCCUUACAAGCUCAGAUACUAGAUUUAAAAACGAGACUUACAACCAAAGACGGAGAGAUAGGCAUUGUCCGGAAACGGUUGGAGAAGACACGCGAGGAUCACGAGCGCGAGCUUCAGACGCUCAAGAAGCAGGUAGCUGAGCAGGUAUCAAAACAUGAAAGGGCUCUUGAGGCUGCUAAGGCAGCACAGCAAGCCGCUUCCACGGAACUUGAAUUUACAAGACGAGAUCUCAAAGACGAGCUGGAUCGUGCCAGGCGCAAAGAUGGACCCGCGACACCUAAGAAGAACGCCGCUGCUAAAUCGUGGGGCAUUGCAGAUGGAUUUGAAGAUGUAGAGAUGGCCGGUAGCCCGAGCAAAGGACGGCGUGGUAGGAAUACCGGUGCUGUAGCCGGCGCUAUGGUCGAACCGCCCGCAAGAUUAACGAGAACACCUACUAAAGGAAAGAGGAAACGACUGGCCGCCGACAGUCCCGUCGGAGCUCUGGAAACCCACUCGGAAGAUGCAGUCAUGCUGGAUGAUAUUAGUGCAAACGGCACUAGUAACGCACAACUUACACACGUGGAUGCGAUACCUAAAGCCGCUUCCUUCGAUUAUAUGAAGGUGAUACUUAAUCAUAGCUCUAAACGUGGUGGCCCACUAGCUUUCGAGUCCCUAGCUAAUUACCGGCUUCCCUCGAGACCUACGGAAAGCCUUGCUUCUACCCUCUUUCAGAAACUGGCUGUCAUCGGAGAUCCUCACGACCCUAUGCGCCUACCGAUAGAAUUCUGCGAGCAAGUUAUUGAACUGUGGCGUAGCUGUCACAAGGAGGGUGUUCUGGAGCCUAUAAUGGAGCUGGUGUCCUUGAUAUAUUUGACCGUACAGCUAUAUACCGUUGCUGUUUCUCCGUAUAUUGCGCCGUCCCUUCUACCAGUGGCUAUGGACUCGUGCUUUGAGGUAGGGAUUCCUAGAUUUUAUCAUGAGGGUCCUGGUGAUCCACCAGAGGAGGCCUGGAGAAAUUUUAACAAGAAUAUCUCGACACCCGAGAUUCUCUCUUUGUUAUAUUUAACUUCCCUAGGAUGCGCAGCUUCACCGCCCGUCGACGGUAUUACAGACCCUGCAAUUGAUUUCUGGAGUCAGGUCCAAGUGGAAUUCGUCCUCCUACAUCUAAGUCAAAAACAUCCAGUAGAGGAUUAUUUAACCAUACUGCGAUGGUUAUGCACGUCGGUGUUCCCCCAAAGCAUCGGACCUAUCAGCCCUGAUAGAACGUUGGAGGUUGUGGCGGGUGCGUUGAUUGAGCGUAUUUCGCAUCAGCUUGUUGAGAAACCACGUUGGGAAAUUGAUCAGUAUAAGCAACGGGGUGUUCGAAACGCCGUCCUUCGAACGUUGGCGGCCUUUGCAAGGUCCCCGUUUGGGCUUGCGCAAUUAGCCAUUAAUGACUAUGCUAUCCCACGCCUUGUCACUCUGCUGUCCUCAUGUAUAGACGAACUCUACGAUGGCGAUAUGCGGUACGAAUCUUCGGAUGAUGACGAAUCACAAAAGGAACUGCAGACAUUGGUAGCACGUUCAGUGUUACUACUACACACGAUCAUCACGAACCCCUUGACUGCUGACUUGGUGAAUGUGUCAGGGAAACUGGCCAAACCACCGGGGGUAUCGCAGAAGUAUCUGCUCAGUCUAGGAAGACUCAACUUUUCAGAAGACUUGGUGUCAGAAGAAACAGCAGAACUUGCGCACGAGUUAUUGGAGCUAGCAGUAACACCGGAAGAGGGUGAGGAGUUGGGACGGUUUUUCGGGGGGUAAGAAUUUUGGUCGCGCAUUUAGACGACGCCAGCCAUCUAGCCCGUAGAUAUACCGAAUUCGUGUCAUCUAUCUAUACAACCCAGUCUACUUUUCAGUGGCAUUACGGACAUUGGUUCAGGGUAUCGUUGGUUCGGAAUAUACUUGGAAGGACCAGAAAGAUGUGUGUAUCAAUUAUUAUUAGAGGCCUAGGGAUAUUAGCGUGGUAGCCCUACUCGCUUCAUCGAAGAUAUUUACGAAAAAGAUAAAUAUUUGAGGCUCUUUUAUGGGCCUCAUUGUGGAUUAUCAUUUUAAGAGUAGGUAGUGAAUAGGAAUCGUUGGUGGAGUGGAAGUUUAUAUUACCUGCAUAUGCAUUCAACAAGUUUCGGUAUCUGAGGUCGUGUAGGUAUCCAAUGACAUGUUGACAUGUGAAGUUGCUAAGGUUUAUUGAAUAGACGGGAUGACGACACAUGUAUUCGGCUUU